UAUAAACGCAUUCGGCAUUUCCCUCGAAACUCUCAACCGUCACUCUCUCUCUCUCGAAAUCUUCUCUCUUUCUCUCUCAUCAAACAACCUCUUCUCCGGCGGCCAUACCUCCGCGCGCUGCCUCGCGGUUCUCCCCCGAAUAUUCUGUUGAGGUCUUGAAUUCACUAAUAAAGGAAAGUUGAUAUUUUCAGUAAAUCUUUGCUGUACUAAAAGUUUUGGAAGUUUUUGCAAUGGGUGCAACUGAAGAUCUUGUGAACAGCACACAGGGUGCAGCAGAAUGUCAGGAAAACCGCACCACAGGUCCUUCAGAAAAUCCAAUAAAGGACAACACCAGUAGUACUUCAGAAAAUCUUGUACAGUACAAAGCACUAGAUGCAGAAAAUCCUGUAAGUGAUCAACAAGGUGGUGCAGAAAUUCCUGAAACUGGAGGUGCUGAAAAUCCUGCAAGUGACCAAAAAAAUGUGGAACAAAUUCCUGCAAGUGAGCAAGUGGGUAUUGCAGAAAAUAUGGUAAAUGACCAAGCAGGUGGUGCAGAAGAUCCCACAAAGGACCGAACAGCAGGUGGUGCAGAAAAUCCUUUAAAUGACCUAAUAUUUCUUGCACAAAAUCCUGAAAGUGAACAAGCAGGUAGUGUGGAAAAUCUGUUAAGCAACCAAGCAGGUGUUGCAGAAGAUCACACAAAGAACCGUGCAGCAGGUAGUGCAGAAAAUCCUUCAAAUGACCUAAUAGAUCUUGCACAAAAUCCUGAAAGUGAACAAGCAGGUAGUGAGGAAAAUCUGUUAAACUACCAAGCAGGUGGUGUAGAAAAUUCUGCAAAGAACCAUGCAGCAGCUGGUGCAGGAGAUCCUCCAAAUGACCAAGCUGCAGAUGGUGCAGAGAAUUCUGCAAAAAACCUAUCAGCACGUAGUGCAGGAGAUCCUCCACAUGACCAAGCAGCAGAUGCUAUAGAAAAUUCUUUAAACAACCAAACAGAAGCUACAGAGAAACUUGUAAAGGAUGAACAGGGUACUGCAGAAAGUUUUGUAGAAGAUGUAGCAGAUGCUGUUGAAAUGCCUGAAAACAGCCAAAGAAAUGGUGUUGAAACCCCUGUAAGCAACAAAGCAGAUCGCCUCCCAGAAGAAGCAAAGGAGAUACUGAAAUCAUUGGCAAGUAAAUGGGAGGAUGUACUUGAUGCAAAUGCAUUGCAGGUGAUCCCUCUCAAAGGGGCAAUGACGAAUGAGGUAUUCCAGAUAAAGUGGCCAACUAUGACAGGGGAAUUGUCACGAAAGGUUCUUGUUAGAAUGUAUGGUGAGGGUGUGGACGUGUUCUUUGAUAGGGAUAAUGAGAUCCACACAUUUGAAUUCAUGUCAAAGAAUGGGCAAGGUCCUCGUCUACUAGGACGAUUUACGAAUGGCCGUGUUGAAGAGUUUAUCCAUGCACGGACAUUAUCAGCAUCUGAUCUACGUGAUCCAUCUAUUUCUGCUCUUAUAGCAGCCAAAAUGAAGGAGUUCCAUGAUCUAGAUAUGCCUGGUGAAAAGAAAGUCCAUCUUUGGGAUAGAUUGCGAAAUUGGCUUAGUGAAGCCAAACGUUUAUCGUCCCCUAAAGAAGUUGAAGCUUUUUAUUUGGAUACAAUCGACAAAGAAAUCUCUAUUUUGGAAAAGGAACUAUCAGGCUCUCACCAACAAAUAAAAUUUUGCCACAAUGAUUUACAAUAUGGUAACAUAAUGCUUGAUGAAGAGACAAAUUCUGUGACCAUCAUAGACUAUGAAUAUGCUAGUUAUAAUCCUGUAGCAUUUGAUAUAGCAAACCACUUCUGUGAGAUGGCUGCUAACUAUCAUACAGAAGAGCCUCAUAUCCUUGACUACAAUAAAUAUCCUGAUUUUGAGGAGCGUCAAAGAUUUGUGCAGGCAUAUCUGAGUACCUCCGGUGAGCAGCCUAGUGACAGUGAAGUGGAGCAGCUACUUCAAGAAAUUGAGAAGUAUACACUUGCAAAUCAUCUAUUCUGGGGCGUUUGGGGAAUAAUUUCGGCACAAGUAAACACUAUCGACUUUGACUACAAGGAGUAUGCUAAACAGAGAUUUCAAGAGUACUGGGCAAGGAAACCUUAUCUUCUAAUAAACUCUGAAGCGCCUUCUCCUUAUAAUGUGCCUGAGGGUACAGGAGAGCUAGCUUCAGCAGUGCCCACUAAAUCGAAGAACUCUGGUAUCUUUAGGAAGAUGAAGAGAGUUUUGGGUCUCGGCUUGUUCAGGUCUAAGAGCUAGGACAACAACUCUGCUAGCUCUUUUUUGUUUUUUUCUUAUUUUUUGCUUUCUCUUUGACUAAGAAUAUCAAAAUGAGAAAAGUUAAGAAUAGUUACACAUAAAUAAUGUACUAAGCAAGCAUUAAGUUUUGGUAUUAUAUUUUAUUCAUUUUUUUGAA